AUGACUCGGCAGCGGAAAAAGCUGGAUUUGCAGUGCGAUUUCUGCCCUAAGCGCUAUACCAAGCGGGAACAUCUCCAGCGCCAUGAACGAACCCAUACCGGAUCCAAGCCGUACUCUUGCCGCGUCUGCGGAAGAUGCUUUUCUCGCCAAGACGUGCUGAACCGGCAUAUCAGGGUCCACCAAGAAAGGCCAGAAGCGUCGACCAAUACCAAGCCUCAAAUUACACCGCAGAGUCUUGCAGCAUCAAGUGACUGGCCAACAAUGUUAGAGCAGGAUGUUUCUACUGCGCAGCUGCCGGACAGUCACUGUUUACCGUUGUAUGAGACGCAGCCGCGAAUUCAGGAUUCUCGUUCAAUGCCCGUCGAUCUAGCAUCCGGCCUACUAUGGCCCGACUCGGAGGAGUUACUGCAGAAUAUCAUGUCAAUUGAUCCGACCAUCUGGCAGCAGCCGCUCGCAUUGGCGCCCGCAACGUUUGGUAUGGUAGACACGCCAGGGGAUUUCAUGGGCAACGGAUAUCAACAAUCGCGAGGGAACAGUACGAUUGCUGAUGACGGGAGGCAGGCCGUGCAGUCUCUGAGCAGCUUGAUCAAUGAUACAUUCUCCACGGUUACGGCACCCGCAAGCUUGACCGGAUUGACGUCGCGGUUUUUGGACGGUAGCCUUCAUAUGUUCUUCGAGAACAUCAUACCAAUGUUUCCUAUCUUCCAUCGUCCGACUUUCGUCUUCCGGGAUUGCGCUCCGCCGCUGUUGUUGAACGCCAUUGCGCUGGGGGCUUUGUUUCUCGGCAGUCGCGAUGCGGUGGAAAAGGCCGACGUGCUGUGGCGCCUUGCGCAUACUGCGGUAGCAACAUCCUGGCAUACGAUGAUCACCAGGCGACGGCCGUCAGACUCUUGUACCGGGGUUGAGUUAGUGCAGACCGUCCUGCUCAGCCAGAUAUACGCCGCUCUUUCCAAGAAUCGGACGUUUCGGACAACGAGUCAAGUGUUCCACGGACUGGGCAUCCACUGGGCCAGUCACUGUGGGAUGUACGACGCCGCCACCGCUGCCCUUCCAAGCCUGACAGAUAGUCCAGCAGCUAAACACGAGUCCUGGUGCCGGUGGGUGGCGCAGGAGACCUUGAUACGGACCCUUCUUGGGUUGUAUAUCGUCGAUGGGGUGGUGUCGCAGUUCAGUGGCAAUCCGACUUUUGCUCGGCAUACAGCAAACCCGCUUUUGCUGCCCAGUUCUGAUGCAGCAUUCAAUGCUUCCAGCCCUGGUGACUGGGUGCAACUGAUGCAGCAAAAUGCGCCCGUAAAAACUCGCUUCUGCGAUGUUUAUCACGACCUCUUUCGAGAGCAGGGUAGCGUCAGUGAUUCAUCACCAUAUGACAUGUCGCUGUUCCAUCACAAAGUGAUCCUCGAGGGGAUACGUUGCCUUGUGUCAGAAAUGAACCGAACCAACCCUUCCCCAGUGGGAAUGCCGUUGAAGCAAGAACUGAUGACGGUCUUACGAAAGCUGCGCAGGAACAUCCUCAACGACCACCGUCUAGCCCCUACCGACCGAUUGACAGCCCUGCUGCAGUGGCAUUCAAUCUGCCUAGACACGGUAGUUAGCACGGCACGCGGUACAAGACGAAUGUGCCACCUGUUCGGUAUCCGUCAGAGUAUAUUUGGUGGGAGUCAACGAGAAGAGAGCCAGAUCAACCCCGGUCGCUGGGCACAGAGUGCCGCAGGACGAGCAACAUUGCUCCAUGCAAUCAACAUGCAGGCAAUCGCAGCGCAACUACCUCUUGGGAUGGCGUACGAUAUAAAUAUCCCGGGCGCAGUAUUUGCAGCUGCGACGACGUAUACUUCUUUUACCUUGGCGGGGGUGUCGAAAAUCGUGUACCCAGCCGUGGUAGACUGGGAUACGGCAUUGAUGGCGCUGCAGAUGGAUGCCGGCACAUCUUCAGCGAAUGGCAAUAGUACGCAGUACACGCUGGACUUUGUAGCGGGAACGUUCAAUCCGUCUGGGGUGCCGAGGGAUAAGUAUGUGGUUCGGGACUUGUCGUACGAUCUAACUGCCAUGCGCACCUUGCUCCGGGGGCUGUCCCUGCAGUGGGGAGUCGCAGUGGAGAUGGAAGAGGUCGUCAGUGCGUAUAUCGAGCGGUGCGAACUGUAG